AUGGUGCGCGACCUUGAUGUUACGCGACUGAAUAACAUCCACAAGCAUCUCUGGUUGGCAGGGCUGCCAUCAGCCUCUCGAGCCUUACACAACCAAGUCAGGGUCGGGCGUGAGAUCAUCAUUACAGAGAACGCAGAUCUUCAUAUCGUUUGGCGUGAUAACGUCCUGACAUUGAAACCACUCCCUGACUACUUGCUCAGCUAUUCAACCUGGGUUAACAUACUUUGCAAGGAUGAAAAUCUUUUUCGGAGCGCACGAGGGUUUCUCUAUUCUUAUACUUGGCUAAUAAGCAGUAAAAGCGAUCUCCAAAUUGCACAUACAAAGGGUUUAAUAUCGGAGAGCGUCCAAUGGAGAGAUUGGGCUCCAUUCUCUGCAGCCGUCGUUUCACGCAUACAAAAAGACCCGAGCAACAUUAACGAAAGAUACAUUUACGGUGAAUUACGUCUCAAACGACUAAACCUGAUUUAUAGGUUUUGCAACGCGAAAUUCAUGACAAUGAUCCGAGGGUACGAGUACAGCUAUCAUCAGUACUCGACCUAUUUUGAGAGAAAUUAUAAAUGGGUGUUGACGGCCAUCAUCUACAUUACCGUGGUGUUAACGGCAAUGCAAUUGGGUCUAGCCACAACAGAAUUAAACACUAGCGUAAUGUUCAACCGUGUUUCAUAUGGAUUCACGUUGUUUUCUAUCUUGGCCCCAUUAAUUACGCUGAUCGUUGGGGCAAUCAUAAUGUUAAUACUGGCGGUGUUCAAUGUUCGCCAUGCACUCGGACAGAGAGCCAAGACACUACGGUGA